AUGAUCUCGGCACAGCAGCCACCGUUCCCCAACAAAAUUCAAAAAGUAAUGGACGUCCAAACUGAGGAAGAAGAAACUUGUGAAGAGCAGUGUGACUCUGAAAACUGUACUUGCAGCUCCAAGCAUGCAUCAUCAACAGCAGAACCGGGCUCAGAUUCACCAGUAACUCUUAAAAUACUGCAGAACUGGGUGCCUAGAGUUUCGCCCUACUUUGAUAAAGAGCACUACACGUACGUUGGCCACCAGAUCGUCAUUCAGGAGUCCAUAGAACACUUUGGAGCCGUCGUAUGGCCGGGGGCACUGGCUUUAUCUCAAUAUCUGGAAUCAAAUCAAGAACAAUUCAACCUCAAAGACAAAAAAGUUUUGGAAAUCGGCGCUGGAACAGGCUUGGUUUCCAUUGUGGCCUGUAUCUUAGGAGCUUACGUUACAGCUACUGAUUUGCCUGAAGUUCUUGAAAAUCUUUCAUAUAAUAUUUCAAGAAAUACACAAAACAUGAAUAUGCACAAACCUGAAGUGAGAAAACUGGUAUGGGGAGAAGGCCUCAAUGAAGACUUUCCUGUAUCAACUUACCAUUAUGAUUUCAUACUGGCAACUGAUGUUGUAUACCAUCAUGCAGCUUUGGACCAGCUGUUAGCAACAAUGGUGUAUUUUUGUAAGCCAGGAACAGUAUUACUAUGGGCAAAUAAAUUCAGAUUCACUACAGACUAUGAAUUUUUGGAAAAACUUGGCAAUAUAUUUAACACAACUAUUCUAGCAGAAUUUCCAGAAUCAAAUGUCAAGCUGCUUAAAGCCACAGUAAGAGAGAAUUAAAGAGAAAACUACUACUAA